CUUAAAUUCAAGCCAGAACAUGCCUACCUUGAUCUGUUUAGAGUUGCAAUAUGCCACCUUGGGUAUGAAUGAAAAGCUUCUCUUGGAGCUUCAAAGUAUUCGAAUUUCCCCAGAAUCAGUGCCUGAAAUGUUGCAAACAGAUGAUGAAGGAAUUUGUGAGGAUAUCACUUGGUUAGAGGAGCAUUGCCAAGGACAGAUCUCCAACAGGAAAUGCCUGCUAGAUGGAUUAUUGAAAUCAGCUUCAGUGACAAAAGAACUUCAAGAAAAGGAUUUUGAACAAAAUGCUCUUGACAAACUUGUCAUGAUGGCUUAUGAGAAAUACAUGGUAACCUUCUCAUUGUUCAGUAUCACUUUUUGCAUAUAAUCAGGUUUACAGUUUUGGAAUAAAUUUUUUGCAUUCUAGUCAACUAUUUCCAAGAGCAAGAGUUGUGUUACAUUGUUACCAUAACAUAGUUGAAAAGGCUGGAGAUCUUUAUACAACAGUACUGGACAGGACAGUAUUUAUAGAGUUGAGCCAUGGUCUAUAAAUCUGAUUAUCCAGGUAUAAAAAUGGAGGAAGUAGGAAGGACAGACAUCAACAAGUGUAUAGGACCAUGUUCUGUUGUAUAGUUGUGUGUGUAGCCUUAAAUGCAGGUGCUAGAAUUUAUCAUACACAUAAUAGUUUGUGAUCUAGAUUUCCUAAUAAGACUUGGAUGGGAUGUUGAGGUAACAGCAGCAUGAAAACUUACCAUACAACUGGAAAUGUCAUACCCUGCCUUUUUAAUUCAGACUUGUCAUAUCUUUGACCUAUUCUUAUUUUAGUGUUCACUUUUAUCAGAGAAACCAAACUCCAUGCCCUACCUUAUUAUCUUGCACGAAAUAAUUUGAAUUGUCUAGGAAGAGAAGUUAAAUAAAAGCUUCCCUUAACUUAAGGAAUUCCUAGGGUUCCAUGUUCUUAAAGAAAAAUGAAACAACGAUGAGCU